AUGCGUAUUUUAACAUUGGCAUUUAAAAUUUUAAUAUUUUGUGGUAUAUGGAAACCAAUAGCAUGGGAAAAAAGUACAAGUAAAAAUAUCAUUUACGGUAUUUAUACAUUUCUCGUGAUAUUUUUUGUUUAUUCAUUUUUAUGUUCACAAAUGAUUGACAUGAUGAACGUUGAUAAUAUGAAUGAUUUUACCGAAAGUUCUCAUAUGUUAUUGACGAUGGUUAUCGGUUUUUGUAAAGCAGUUAAUGUAUUGAUGGCACGUGAUAAAAUUGUUAAAUUGAUUGACAUAUUAACCGAUGGUACAUGCAUAUCUUUAGAUAUGGAAGAAUUCAAAAUUCAAAAGCAAUAUGAUAGAACUAUUCAGACUAAUACUCUUUAUUAUGCUAUCAUGAUUGAAACAUCAGUAUUAUCGAGCAUAUUAAAUUCUUUAUUAACCGAUUUGCAAUCAAAAACAUUGCCAUUCAGAUCUUGGAUACCUUAUGAUUAUUGUUCAUCAAUAAUCGUAUUUUAUUUCACUUAUUUUUAUCAAAUGAUAUCUCUGACUGCUUGUUCAUUAUUUCACGUAGCAAUAGAUGGAUUAUUUUGUGGAUUUUUAUUACAAAUUUGUUGUCAAAUAGAUAUAUUGAAGUAUCGUUUGAAACAUUUAAAUGGUGACGGUUUCGAUGAUCUUCGUAAUUGCAUUCGACAUCAUUAUCAAAUUUAUCAAAUCGCAAAUAAAGUGAAUGAUACAUUUGCUCUAACAAUAUUCGCUCAAUUCUUCAUCAGUUCAAUAGUACUUUGUUUGAGUAUGUUUGAACUACUUAAAAAUGAUCUACUAAGUAUAGAAUUUUUUGCACUGGUAUUAUAUUUGUCAACGUUGUUGAUACAAAUCUAUAUUUUCUGUUGGUAUGGAAAUCAAGUUAAAUUGAAGAGUAGUCACGUUGCUAUUGCAUUUGCUGAAUCUGAUUGGACGUCAUUUAAUAAUCAUUCAAAGAAACUUAUUUUAAUAGUUAUGCAACGUGCUGCUAAACCAAUAGAAUUUGUUAGCGCGUAUUUUAUUACCGUUAAUUUGGAUACAUUUAUGAACUUACUAAAAAUUACUUAACUAAAAUUUACAUUCAACUAAAACAGAUACCAAUGAAGUUGAAUGAAUAAGUUAAAG